UUCAUAUAACAAAUAUUUAUAACUUAUUUCAGAAAAUGUUUGUUAAAAUAAAUACAUUGUUUUUAUUUUUUAUAUUUAUUUUAAUUCACACCAAACAUGGACACUGUGUUGACGUAAACACUACAUCGGGUGUAGUGAGGGGACAGACAGUUCACAUGUUAGACACAAAUAUAGACCAAUUUUUGAACAUACCGUAUGCGGUACCUCCUGUUGGGGAACUCCGAUUCGCUAAACCCGUGCCUAUUACUAAGCCAUCGCCUGGUAUACUCGACGGCACAAAAAUAGGCAAAAAAUGUCUACAAUUAACACCACAUCCCAAACAGGUCAGCGAAGACUGUUUGGUACUAAACGUGUGGACAUCGGGUUUGGGAGACUUGAAACCCGUUAUGUUUUGGAUACAUGGAGGGGGUCUGGCCGGUGGAUCCAGUUUUGAGGAG